AAGCAGCGAAAAAGCAUGUUAUCAUGAUUUCAUUGCAUACUACCAAUACCAAAAUGGAAGGAGAGUUUGAAAAGGCAACAGCUCUAAUUUUGACAGAUACUAGUUCUGCUCUUGCAAUAUUUCACAGUAUUGUCAAGCAAGAUGUGGAUCUUGAAAAUGAAGAAGGGGUCCGGAUCAAGGAACAGAGCAUUAUGGAGCUUGGCAAGCUCUUGGCCAAGUCAAAACAGGCUGAUGAGCUUGGUGGUUUGAUUAAGUUCACCCGUCCCUUCCUAGCAAUGGUUAGCAAGGCCAAGGCAGCCAAACUGGUGAGAGGUAUGGUGGAUCUCUUCUUAGAUAUGAAUGCAGAUACAGGUAAAGAGAUUGAGCUUUGCCAGGAAUGUAUAGACUGGGCUACCAAUGAGAAACGAGUAUUCCUGCGCCAAGCUCUCGAAGCCAGACUGAUAGCCCUCUACCACGACACCAAGAAAUACACAGAUGCCCUAUUAGUAGGUGCUAGGUUAUUGAAAGAACUGAAGAAGUUAGAUGACAAAGCUUUGCUCGUUGAAGUCCAGCUACUAGAAAGUAAAGUCUAUCAUGCUCUCAGCAAUCUUCCCAAAGCCAGAGCUGCACUAACCUCGGCUAGAACAACAGCCAAUGCAAUCUACUGUCCACCCAAGCUUCAAGCAGCCUUAGACAUGCAAUCAGGUGUCCUGCAUGCUGCUGACGAAAGGGACUUCAAGACAGCUUUCUCAUAUUUCUACGAGUCUUUUGAAGGCUAUGACUCGGUAGACAAUCCAAAGGCUAUCGAUGCCCUCAAGUACAUGUUGCUGGCCAAGAUUAUGUUGAACUGUGCUGAUGAUGUGCAGUCAAUAGUAAGUGGGAAGCUAGCUCUCCGACAUGCAGGCCCCAGUGUAGAAGCCCUGAAGAGUAUAGCGAACGCCAGCAAGAAUCGGUCACUCUCUGAGUUUCAAACAACACUUCAGAAGUAUCCCUCAGAGCUGCAAGAGGACCCGAUCAUCAACGCACAUCUAGCGUCUCUGUAUGACAAUCUGUUAGAGCAGAAUCUGUGCCGUAUCAUUGAACCGUUCUCCAGGGUGCAGGUUUCUCACAUAGCAAGCAUCAUUAAGCUACCUCUGGACCUGGUGGAGAGAAAGCUGUCACAAAUGAUUUUAGACAAGAAAUUUCAUGGUAUUCUUGAUCAAGGUGAAGGCGUCCUGAUCGUCUUUGAGGAACCCGUCGUUGACCAAACCUACGAGAUGGCUCUCGAGACCAUCACAAACAUGGGCAAAGUGGUCGACGCCCUCUAUCAGAAGACAAAGAAGUUGUAUUAGGGGGUGUAAGACUUAAAGCCCAUCUGCACUAGCUUGGCAUGGAGGGAUCAGACCACCCUGCAGGUGGUUAUCUCAUCAAAUCAGCUCUCAAUUAACAUAAGAAAAAGGGCAUGAUGGGGAUCAACAGGUACCGCUUAGGCAUUGUUAGCUGUAUAGAGGGCGCAAGUAGCUAUAAGUUGUGCAGUAGGGCUUUAAGAACAAGGCUUAUCACACGGUUCCACUUGAUCGUCCAGGCAGCUCUCGCACAGAUUAGGGGUCCAGGGGGGUGUUUCACAAAGAUCCUAAGGUUGAACUUAGCUCUAAGUUGGACUUAGCAUCUAUGAAAAUAUUUUGUAAAAGUUAUUUUAAAAAG